CGCGGAGAGGGAAGCGGAGAAAGGGGCUGGGAUAGGGGUGUGUGUGUGCCGUGGGGGGGAGGCCGGAUCACUUGUGAAUGGCUUGAAAAAAAUAAUCGGGGGAGGGCGUGGAGGGGGGGAAGCGGAAACUUUCCUAUAAAACUCAGCAAAAGUCCCUCCUCUCCACGUCAGGCCAAUGACACUGCUGCCCCCAAACUUUCCGCCAGCAGGAGCUAUAAGAACCUCCAAGUCUUCAACUUUCUCCCAAUCCCAGACACCUCGAAGGGGGCUCCAAGGAGGGAUCGGGAGGGAUUUUUUUGUUGUUGUUCGGCUUUUUUUUUUCCUCCUCUUGGAUCCCGAUGCCAUCCCCCCUCCCCCCAAAGUGAGGUCCUCCCUCCCUCCCUCCCUCCUCCUCCUUCUCCUCGCAGGCCAGCGAAGCAGCCGCUCAAGGGGGAGCUGGCGGGUUAGGUGCCCCCCUCUUCUCCCUGCCCUCCCCCCCCUCCCGGCCCGCUUCUCGCGUCUCCCCCCAGAGAUGAUGCAGCAGGACGAGUCAAACUCGCCAGUCUCCCCCGCCGACGACAGCUUGAGCAACAGCGAAGAGGAGCCGGACCGGCAGCAGCUGCCCAGCGCCAAGAGGGGGGGCCGCAAGCGCCGCUCCAGCCGGCGCAGCGCCGGGGGCGCCGUCGGGGCCGCGGACGAGCCCUGCAGCCCGGCGCAAGGCAAGCGGGGCAAGAAGUGCGGGGCGGGCGCGGGAGGAGGCGGCGGCGGCAGCAGCAGCGGCGGCGGCAGCCCGCAGUCCUACGAGGAGCUGCAGACCCAGCGGGUCAUGGCCAACGUGCGGGAGCGGCAGCGCACGCAGUCCCUGAACGAAGCUUUCGCCGCGCUGCGGAAGAUCAUCCCCACGCUGCCCUCGGACAAGCUGAGCAAGAUCCAGACCCUCAAGCUGGCGGCCAGGUACAUCGACUUCCUCUACCAGGUCUUACAGAGCGACGAGCUGGACUCCAAGAUGGCAAGCUGCAGCUAUGUGGCCCACGAGCGGCUCAGCUACGCCUUCUCGGUGUGGAGAAUGGAGGGCGCCUGGUCCAUGUCCGCGUCCCACUAGCAGGCGGCGUCCCCCCCCCACGCAUCCCCCCGGCAGGAGCCCUAGAUUACAUUGUUCCCACAGAAGGAGAAAAUGGACAAUCUAGAGACUCUGAAGUUGGAUACCGUGUUGUGUUGUUGUUGUUCUUGUCUAAAAAAAAUGUGCCAAGGAUUUCUUGGAAAUUAAAAGAGCAACAUCCAAAGUGAAAGCAGGGCGUGGGGAGCACUUAAGGAAAGAGAAAGAGCCGAGGGCUUGGACAGUGCCUACCCGGUGGGCGUCGGUACAAUCCACACAUCUCUGCAUUCUGAUAGAAGUCUGAAGCGUUCCAUUUUUUUUAUUUUAUUUUUUUUUUAAUUUUGACGAAGAAUGUUGGAAUCUAUCCUUUUUUUUUUUUAAUUUGCCUGU